UCAAAACUAAAACUAAAAUCGAAAACUAACAAGCAAAAGCAGGAAGGAGUGUGUGUUUUAACCAAAUGCCAGGCCUUAGCCAAUCGAAUAUUGGCAAUAAUAUUAUUGGCUAAAAAACAAAACAACAACAACAAGAUACAACAACAAACAACAACAAUCAACAACAACAAACUGACUGAGAAGAAAACUGAAGAAAGCAAAGCCCACGAAUGCAGCCAACAUUGCCACAAGCCGCUGGGACAGCCGAUAUGGAUCUGACGGCUGUUCAAUCAAUCAACGAUUGGUUUUUCAAAAAGGAGCAAAUUUAUUUAUUGGCACAAUUUUGGCAACAGCGCGCUACCCAGGCCGAGAAGGAAGUGAACACACUCAAAGAGCAGCUAUCCACCGGCAAUAGCGAUAACAGCGAUAACAGCGACACAGGUGCAGCAGCAGCAGCAGGAGCAGUUGCAGCAGCAACAGGAGCAAUCACAGAUAACGAGGAGGAGCAGCAGCAGCUGAAUAGCUCCAUCGUUGCAGCGGCUCUAACGCUGCAGCAGCAGAACGGCAGCAAUCUGCUCGCAAAUACAAAUACGCCGUCGCCCUCGCCGCCGCUGCUCAGCACCGAGCUGCAGCAGCAGCAGCAACAGUUGCAGUUGCAGCAGAGCGGCGGCGUCGUCAGCGGCGCCUGCCUCAAUCCGAAGCUUUUCUUCAGCCACGCCCAGCAGAUGAUGAUGGAGGCGGCUGCAGCGGCAGCAGCGGCGGCCUUGCAACAGCAGCAACAGCAGCAAUCACCACUCCACUCACCGGUCACCGAUGUUGCAGCAGCAGCAGCAGCAACAGCAGCAGCAGCAGCAAACGCUGCAGGUGCAACAGCAACAGCGGCAACGGUCGAUCAGUCGAUAACCAAUGAGACCAUGGCCAGCAGCAAUAACAGUCAUCAGGAUCUGCAGCUGGACGAGGAUGAGGACGAUGAUGAUGAGGAGGAAGAGGAGGAGGAUGAUCUGGCUCAAGAGCCUGAGCAGGAGCAUGAGCCAGAGCAGGAUGAUGCUGGCGAUGAUGAUGAGGAUGAGGAGGAGGAGAAUGCAUCGAUGCAAUCGAAUCCAGAUGAUAUGGAGACCGAGACCAGAACUGAGCCAAGUGCGACAACGCAGGCGUUGGAACUUUUAGAGGACAACAUCAAGGAGGAGGCUAGUUUAAAUGUAACCACAACAACAACAACAACCGAUAAUAGCAAUAAUAGUUGUAGUCGAAAGAACACCAACAACAACAACAAUGAAAGUAAUACCAACAAUGAGCAACAAGUUGCUGUUGUGGCUGCCAAUAGUGCCGAGGAUGAUGAUUGCGCCAAUAACAACAAUACCAAUACCACCACAACUAGCAAUAACAACAACAACAAUAAUACAACAACAACAACCAGCAACACAGCCACCAGCAAUACCAAUACCAAUAAUAAUAACAACAACAACAGCAAUACCAAUAACAACAAUACCAACAACACCAACAACAACAACAGCAGCAGUGGCAACAGCGAGAAGCGCAAGAAGAAGAACAAUAACAACAACAACGGCCAGCCAGCUGUCCUAUUAGCUGCCAAAGAUAAAGAGAUUAAAGCACUUAUGGAGGAACUGCAACGCCUGCAGGCCCUGGAACAGACGCACCUGGUGCAGAUCCAGCGCCUGGAGGAGCAUCUGGAGGUGAAGCGUCAGCAUAUUAUCCGCUUGGAGGCCCGCCUGGAUAAGCAUCAGAUCAAUGAGGCUCUGGCGGAGGCCACUGCCUUGGCAGCCGUAACCGCUGCUGCCGUUGCCGCUGCCAAUAAUAACAAUAAUAAUAAUAAUAACAAUAGUCAGAGCAGUGAUCAUAAUAAGCUAAGUGCCGCCGCCGCAGCAUCCUCCAGUGAUCCUGUGGAGAGUAGCAAGAAUGCGGAGGAGGAGGAUGAGGAGGAGGAGGAGCAUGAUGAGGCCAUGCUGGUGGAUGCCAGCGCAGAGGUGAAGUCGGAGGAGAAGGCCAACGCGGUGGAGCGACAGCGGAGGAGAAUGGACAUUGAGGAGGAUGAAGAGGAUGAGGAGGAUCAGAUCAAUGAGGAUCGGGCUGCAGAUCGAAGGAUCAUCAGCGAUAGCAAUGAGAUCAAAAUUGAAAAGGAACAGCACAGUCCCUUGGACCUCAAUGUCCUUAGUCCGCAGUCGGCCAUUGCCGCUGCCGCUGCGGCCGCUGCUGCCGCCGCCUGUGCCAAUGACCCCAACAAAUUCCAGGAGCUGCUCAUUGAGCGGACCAAGGCCCUCGCCGCCGAGGCGCUCAAGAAUGGUGCCAGCGAUGCCGUCAAUGCCAUUAGCGAAGAUGCCCACCAACACCAACGUGAACGUGAACGUGAAAGGGAGCGGGAGCGGGAACGUGAACGGGAACGGGAACGGGAGCAUCAUCUGCACAGCAACAGCAGCAGCGGGAACAGUAGCUCCUCGAAUCAUCACCACCCACAUUCACACCACCAGCAGCAGCAGCAGCAGCAGCAACAGCAACAGCAACAGCAGCAGCAGCAGCAGCAUUCACAUCAGCCUGAUGGGCUGAACCACCAUCAUGGCCUCAAUCAUCACCUGCAUGCCGGUUUGCUUCAUCCUUCAGCGGCAGCGGCAGCAGCUGCUCAUCAUCACCUGCAUCAGCAUCAAGAGUCCAGCUCAAACUCCAGUGCCACCAGCACACCCACCGCCGGAGCUGGAGGAGCAGCAGGAGCAGGAGCAGCAGCAUCAGGAGGAUCAGUAUCAGGAAACGCCUUGAAUGGCAGCAGCAAAUCCUUGGUCGAGGAUGCUGCCACCAAUGGCUUGGCCGCCGCUGCCAUGGCCGCCCAUGCCCAGCAUGCGGCAGCCGCUGCUGUGAUGGGUCCUGGAUUUUUACCUGGUCUACCGUCUGCCUUUCAGUUCGCUGCCGCCGCCCAGGUGGCCGCCAGUGGCGGUGAUGUUGGCGCCCGCGGGCAUUAUCGUUUCGCGGAUGCGGAAUUGCAAUUGCCACCGGGUGCCUCGAUGGCCGGUCGCUUGGGUGAAUCGCUGAUACCCAAGGGUGAUCCCAUGGAGGCCAAGCUGCAGGAGAUGCUGCGCUACAAUAUGGACAAGUAUGCCAAUCAGGCACUGGAUACCCUGCACAUCUCGCGACGCGUACGGGAGUUGCUCUCGGUGCAUAACAUUGGCCAGCGACUGUUUGCCAAAUAUAUUCUGGGCCUGUCCCAGGGCACCGUCUCCGAGCUCCUUAGUAAGCCAAAGCCAUGGGAUAAGUUGACGGAGAAGGGAAGGGAUAGUUAUCGGAAAAUGCAUGCCUGGGCCUGUGAUGAUAAUGCCGUGAUGCUGCUCAAGUCGCUGAUACCCAAGAAAGAUUCUGGCCUGCCGCAGUAUGCUGGUCGCGGUGCCGGCGGCGGUGGCGGUGAUGAUUCCAUGUCCGAGGAUCGCAUCGCCCACAUCCUCAGCGAGGCCUCGUCCCUGAUGAAACAGAGCAGCGUUGUCCAGCAGCAGCGGGAGCACGAGAUGCGUCGUCAUGGUGCCGGCCUUGUUGGUGAUGAUUCGCACAGCAAUGAGGAUAGCAAAUCGCCGCCGCAGAGUUGCUCAUCGCCCUUCUUCAAGGUGGAGCAUCAGAUCAAGCAGCAGCAUCAGCAGCAUCAGCAGCAACAGCAGCAGCAACAGCAGCAGCAGCAACAUCUCAAUCCGGAGCAGCAGCGGGAACGGGAGCGGGAGCAGCGCGAGCGAGAGCAACAGCAGCGUUUGCGGCACGAGGAUCUGGCCCAGGAUAAGAUGGCGAGGCUGUAUCAGGAGCUAAUAGCACGCACUCCACGUGAGGCACCAUUUCCCAGCCUGUUCUUUUCACCCAUUUUUGGUGGAGGUGCUGGGAUGCCUGGUGCCGCUGGCAAUGCCUUCCCCGCCAUGGCCGAUGAGAAUAUGCGACAUGUGUUUGAGCGUGAGAUUGCCAAGUUGCAGCAACAUCAGCAGCAGCAGCAGCAACAGCAGCAGCAGCAGCAACAGGCGGCGGCCGCUCAGUUCCCCAACUUCUCCAGCCUGAUGGCCCUGCAGCAGCAGGUCCUGAACGGUGCCCAGGAUCUCUCGCUGGCCGCUGCCGCUGCGGCUGCCAAGGAUAUCAAGCUGAAUGGUCAGCGUUCAUCGCUGGAUCACAGUGCCGGCGGCGGUGGCAGCAGCAGCAGUUGCUCCAAGGAUGGCGAACGCGAUGAGCCCGGUUAUCCAUCAUCGCUGCAUGGCAUCAAGUCGGAAGGUGGCAGCACACCGGCACCAGGAGCAGCAUCAGUGCCAGCUGUGCCCUCAGCAGUGGCCGGUGGAGCAGGUGGAGCCGGAGUCGGAGCCAGUAGCAAUUCGGCGGCGCCAAGUCCAUUGAGUAACUCGAUUUUGCCGCCUGCUUUGAGCAGCCAGAAUGAGGAGUUUGCGGCCACCGCCAGUCCUUUGCAGCGAAUGGCUUCGAUCACGAAUUCACUGAUCACACAGCCGCCGGUGACGCCGCAUCAUAGCACACCAACGCGUCCGACCAAGGCGGUCCUGCCGCCCAUCACCCAGCAGCAGUUCGAUAUGUUCAACAAUCUCAACACGGAGGAUAUUGUGCGUCGUGUGAAGGAGGCCCUCUCCCAGUACUCGAUCUCCCAGCGUCUCUUUGGCGAAUCGGUGCUCGGACUGUCCCAGGGUUCCGUCUCCGAUCUGCUGGCCCGACCCAAGCCCUGGCAUAUGCUCACCCAGAAGGGACGCGAACCCUUCAUUCGCAUGAAGAUGUUCCUCGAGGAUGAGAAUGCCGUGCACAAGCUGGUGGCCAGUCAGUAUAAGAUUGCACCCGAGAAGCUGAUGCGAACGGGCAGCUACAGCGGGAGUCCACAGAUGCCGCAGGGAUUGGCCAGCAAGAUGCAGGCAUCGCUGCCCAUGCAGAAGAUGAUGAGCGAACUGAAGCUGCAGGAGCCGGCGCAGGCGCAGCAUCUCAUGCAACAGAUGCAGGCGGCGGCCAUGGCUCAGGCGCAGGCACAGCAGCAGCAGCAGGUGCAAGUGCAGCAGGCUGCCCAGCAGCAUCUGCAGCAGCAGGCCCAGCAACAUCUCCAGGCGGCUGCACAGCAGCAUCUCCAGCAGCAGCAGCAGCAGCAGCAACAACAGCAGCAACAGCAGCAGCAGCAACAUCCACACCAGCAACACCAUCAGGCAGCGGCAGCGGCAGCAGCGGCUCUGCAUCACCAGAGCAUGCUAUUGACCUCACCGGGUCUGCCGCCACAGCAUGCCAUUAGCCUGCCACCGGGCAAUCCUGGCCAGAAUCAGAGCAACUCCGGCUCGGUCCAGAGUCCCGCCAACAGCGAUAAGAAACCGAUGUUGAUGCCUGUCCAUGGCACAAAUGCCAUGCGCAGUCUGCAUCAGCACAUGUCGCCCACCGUCUAUGAGAUGGCUGCCCUUACCCAGGACCUGGACACGCACGACAUCACCACCAAGAUCAAGGAGGCCCUGCUGGCCAAUAACAUUGGCCAGAAGAUCUUUGGCGAGGCGGUGCUUGGCCUCUCCCAAGGCUCCGUUUCGGAGCUGCUCAGCAAGCCCAAGCCCUGGCACAUGCUGUCCAUCAAGGGACGCGAGCCCUUCAUCCGGAUGCAGCUCUGGCUGAGCGAUGCCAACAAUGUGGAGCGAUUGCAGCUGCUCAAGAAUGAGCGAAGGGAGGCGAGUAAGCGUCGCAGGAGCACCGGACCCAAUCAGCAGGACAAUAGCAGUGAUACAUCCAGCAAUGAUACCAAUGACUUUUACACCAGCAGCCCCGGCCCGGGAUCCGUGGGUUCGGGGGUGGGCGGUGUGGGUGGUGCUCCGCCCAGCAAAAAGCAAAGGGUACUCUUCUCCGAGGAGCAGAAGGAAGCCCUCCGCUUGGCCUUUGCCCUGGAUCCCUAUCCGAAUGUGGGUACCAUUGAGUUCCUGGCCAAUGAGCUGAGCCUGGCCACAAGGACGAUUACGAAUUGGUUCCACAAUCACCGGAUGCGAUUGAAGCAACAGGUGCCGCAUGGCCAGCCGGGUCAGGACAAUCCCAUACCCAGCCGGGAGAGCACCAGUUCGACGCCCUUCGAUCCCGUCCAGUUCCGUAUUCUGUUGCAGCAGCGUCUCGUUGAGCUGCACAAGGAGCGCAUGGGUUUGAGUGGUGCCCCCAUUCCAUAUCCACCGUACUUUGCAGCGGCUGCUCUGUUGGGACGCAGCUUGGCCGGCAUACCGGGAGCAGCGGCAGCGGCCGGAGCGGCAGCAGCAGCAGCAGCAGCUGUGGGCGGUGGUGUCGGUGGUGCCACCACCAGCGAGGAGCUGCAGGCCCUGAAUCAGGCCUUCAAGGAGCAAAUGAGUGGCCUGGAUCUAUCGAUGCCCUCGCUAAAGCGUGAGCGUAGCGAUGAUUAUCAGGACGAUCUGGAGCUGGAUCAUCAUCAGCACGACAACGAGUCCGAGCAGGAUCAACUGGAGGAUAACAAGAGCAGCGAAUAUGAGAAGGCUCUGCACAAAUCCGCCUUGGCCUCGGCGGCAGCGGCUGCUGCUUACAUGUCCAAUGCGGUGAGGAGUUCACGUCGCAAGCCAGCUGCCCCACAAUGGGUGAAUCCUGCUGGCGUUGGUGGUGGUGGUGCCACGCCCACGCCCAAUGCUGUCCUUGCAGCAGCUGCAGCAGCAGCAGCAGCCGCAGCAGCAGCGGCAGCAGCAGCCACGGCGGCCGAGAAUGAGAGGAUUAUCAACGGAGUGUGUGUGAUGCAGGGUUCCGAAUAUGGACGCGAUGAUACCGAACAGGCUGGCAAGGACACGGCCGGCGGGGAUUCAGAUCAUGAGCAUCCCCAACUGGAAAUUGAUCAGAGCUUCAUGGAGCCAGAGGUGCACAUCAAACAGGAGGAGGAAGAUGACGAGGACGAGGAGGAGGAGGAGCAACAGCAGCCAAGUCUGGCGGGUGCUGCAGAUGAGGCACAGCAGCAGCAACAGCAGCAGCAGCAGCAGCAGCUCAAGGUGGUCAACGAGGAGAAACUGCGGCUGGUGCGUGUACGUCGAUUGAGCAGCACGGGCAAUGGUUCCGCCGAUGAGAUGCCUGCACCCACGGCUCCUCUAGCUGCCUCGACUCCAACUGUUGAUGCAACCAACAACAACAACAACAGCAGCAGCAGCAGCAGCAGCACCACCGCAGCCAGCACUAGCAGCAGUCCUUUAGCACCGCCACCUGUGACCGCCAGUCCGAGUCCUGCAGCAUGGAAUUACUAAGAAAGGAGCAGGGAGCAAGGAGCCAGGAUCAAGGAGGAGCGAAAUAAUCAGUGCAAUGUGUUGAGUUGAGGCGCGUUUACUUGUGAUUAAGUUUGAAAAUGUUUGAAUGAGACCAGGGAGAUCGAUAUCCACAGAUCGACUAAGAGAGAGAGCAGACACUCUAUAUACAUUUAUAUAUAUAUCCAUAUAUAUAUAUAUUAUAUAUU